AUGGAGUACGUUCGACCGAAAUUGAAAAUAAAUCGAUACAAACACGAAAUGCCGCACAUUUUAUUCCGAUUGAUUACCCAAGAAAUUGAUCACAUAACACAAACGAAAUUAAACUUUUCGCUUGAUUAUGAUUUAUCGUUGUGGCUAAUUCGGUUAAUGAUUUUAAAUCCAAAAUAUGGCAUCGGUUAUGAACGUCCCUUUGAUCGAACUGUGACGGACGCAUUAAUUGAAGACUAUGUCCAAAUUGUGUCAGAUCCAGACAGCAUAUUUGUUGCCAUUAUAAAAAUGCAGAUUUAUUAUAUUGACCAUUACAUCGAUAAAAGUCGAAUAAUUACAAAACAUCAAGCCACCAUGAACGCCAAAAUGGAGCCGCUGACCCGACUAAUUAUCAAUACCCGCUUGAAAUCAAAGAGUGAAUGUGAUGAGUAUGUGAAAAAACUAGCCGUUGAUAUUAUUGCACAUUAUGGAUUAGGAAAUCCGGAAAAUGGCCAGGUUAUUCAAGAGACUCAAAAUGCAUUAAAGAGCAUGAUGUCUACGAAUGAUGUGAUGGGCUUUUCAACAUUGUGCGAAAAAGAUAAAAUCGAAUCAUUAUCGGGUAUCCGUGAGAUUGUGUGUGGAAUGCGAGCUUUCAAUAGAGAUGCAGGCCACUGUGGCGAAGGUCUCAUUGACAUCGAAAAGACCGUUCGCAAUGGAUACAAAACAACCAAAUUACAGUUGAAUACAUCACUGAAAGAGAUCUCUAGCCGAAUUGAAACGUUAAUGGCAACACUCGGGAAGUUGCCAUCGUUCGAUAUGCUUCCGAGCUUGAUUGAAAAUAACAAUGUCAUCAAGUCAAUUACAUUAAAUCGUCAAUGUGAGCGUUUUUUGUACGAUUUAUUGAACAUACUGGACGACCAUCACAUUCACAUCGAUCGUUUGUUGAAGAAUUUUCGCAGUCAGUUGAACAAAAUCCAUGAAAUUGUUAAAUUCCGGACCGCCAUACCAAUCACCAGCAUAUUCCCGAAAUUCAUUGAACUGGCAGCAUUAUGGGAACAUUUACAACAUCAAACGUACAUAUUAUCCGAGAUAAAUACGGUCAAUGGGCAAUUGAUGCUUCUCGCACAAAUUCCAUCAUACGACGUCAAUGUAAGGGAUCAUCAUGUAUUGACAGUGUCACCGAAUUAUGGCGUUAAUGAAGAUAAGAGCAUUUAUGACGGUACAAAGGUUGACCGACCGAAAAUCAUAAACGCUUCAAAGAAUAGACAGAUUAAAAUUGUUCCAUACGAAGUUAAUUUAAAGGUUGAAUACGAAGCUUUUUGUGUAUGGACUGUAUCAAACAAUGAAGGAUUAUUGCUGCCAGCCGAUCUUACCAACGGUUUAGUUCAGUAUGAAAAUAAACACUAUGGAUUUAGUACGGUGGAAGCGAUUGAUUGGUUUAUACAAAACCCUGACACUUGUUUGGCUAACAUAAUUAUGGUGAUUUGUCGAAAUCAGGAACUGGUACAUUUUUUCGAUAUGUAUGAUUCGCUUGAACAAAUUGUUAUGAAAUCAAACGAAAAUGCGUACAAAUACAGUCAGAAUGAUGAUGAAUGUAGCCAGCGAUGCUCGAUUGGCAUUCAAACUGAUGUGCAUCCCAUACGACCAUAUAAAAUGGACAAACAUCAUAAGUGGAACAUAUGGGAUAUGAGGAGAGAUGCCAUUAAAUUGGCAAACAUUCGAAAAUGUCAAACUAAGUCCACCCAAACAUGCUGUCAAUCAACGUUUGGCACACAAACAAAUCUCUAG